AUGUCAGUGGUUAAGUCCAUUGAGCUGGUGGUGCCAAGGGAUGUGUACCUGGCCGGCUCCGAGGUGGACGGGCAGGUGGUUCUGAGCCUCCACAGCACACUGAUCAACCCCAUGGUGAAGGUGGAGUUGAUUGGAAGGGGCUACCUGGAGUGGAUGGAAGAGGCCAACGCCAACAAGGAUUACAGCCAGGCCUCCAGCUGCGUCAACCGGGCCGAUUACGUCCACAAGAAGAAAACGUUCGAUGUUGAAGGGAACUGGCUGGAUCCCGGCAUCCACACGUUUAACUUCAGCUUCGUCCUGCCACCCAGAAUCCCCUCGACUUUCACCAGCCGGGUCGGCCGCAUCUGCUACUUCCUGCAAGCCAUCUGCGCUACCCGCGAGCUCAUCCUAGCCAAAGAGAAGAAAUAUUUGCUGGUCCAAGGGACCUCGGUCUACCGCCAGGACACCAUAGAAUCCGAAUACCCCUUGGUGGUAGAAGUGGAGAAGCAACUCCGCCACAGCUGCUGCUUCAACAGCUCUCCCAUCACAUUGCGCAUUUCCCUGUGCAAGAACAUCUUCACACCGGGGGACAACAUCUCCUUCACCACGGAGAUCAUCAACCGGACGGGCAAGUCCAUCAAGAAGGUGGUCUUCGUCCUCCACUCGGUUGUCCUGUACAAGGGCAUCAACCUGCGGGCCGAGCGGCGCACCUUGGAGGAGCGCAACGACCUGCUGCGCCUGGAAUCGCACCUCGAGGCGGGGUCCUGCGUGGACACCAAGAUCCACAGCACCCUCCUGCUUCCCAAGGUCAUGCUGGUCACCAGCUCCCAUAAGUCCGACGACAUCAUGGACGUCGGGUACGACUUGACGGGGAGCGUCUACUUCCCCUGCUUGAGCACCGUGGAGGCUCGGAUCCCCAUCAUCAUACAGAACGAAGCUGCGGACCCCAAAGAAUAG